UUUUUUUUUUUUUUUUAUUUUUCAAAAAUUAUCCCUUAAACCAUUUCCCACACACACCAUACCCAUACCCAUACCCAUACACAAUUAUAAUAUAAAUAGUGAUUAGAUUUCCUUCCAUUUUAAUAAUUGAUUUCUUCAACUUGUUCUGUUCUGUUCUUCUCUUGAUUCAAUCAAUCAAUCAAUCAUUCAUUAAAGAUAUCUCAUAUCAUAUCAUAUCAAUCAUCUCAUCUGUACUUGACUUGAUUAUACUCAUACACAUCUUUUUUUUUUCUUCCAUCACUUCCUUCACUCACCUUAUCAAUUUUUACCACAAAGUCAAUCAUUCCUUCAGCCUUUUGACUUGUAACUAUUACUAUUACUACUCCUACAACUAAUACCUACACAUCCUUACAAUGUCUGAAUCAGUUAAACAAUUCCAUUCUAAAUCUUUAGAUCACUUUUUAAAAUACUCUGUGGUAUCCUACAUUGUCAAUUAUAUCUAUGCUAUCACUUUAGUUAAACAAUUAUAUGAAGGUUACAUUUCUUCCAUCCUUACUUUUAUCAAUACCCAUCUUUCAUCCAUUGAUUUAAUCUAUACCAAUUUGACCUUUGUUGAUGCUACCUUAGAUUCAAUCUUGACUGUUUUCGAUCAAUACGUUACUCAAUUCAUCUUUAAGAAUAAAUAUGUAUCAUUAAUUAAUAAUUAUUUAAUCUCCAUUAACAAUAGUAACACUUAUGUUAAAUUUGAUCAAAAAUUCGAAUCCACCGAAUCAAAUGAAUUUAUUAAAUUCUUUUACAUCAUCAAUACCAUCUUGAUCAAUUUGAAAUUAAAAAUUAAUACUUCCACAAAUCAUAUCUCUAAUGAAUUAAUCUCAACUUAUAAUCAAGAAUUAAAAAGUACAACCGCAGAAGCAAAUUAUAUCGCCAAGAAUAUCCAAGCAUCCUACAAUACCGGUUUAAAAACCAUAAAAUCAUUAAAUGAUGAAUUCAUAACUCCCUUGAAAAUUCAAACUACCGAUUAUUUAGGUGAAGUGGCAACUUCAACUAAAAUUAAAGCUGAUUCUUUAAUAAAUGAAGCUAAACAACAAAUCAUAACUCCAAUCAAUGGUAAAGUUGAAGGAGUAUUAAAUGGUUCAGCUCCAGUCGUUAGUGCAAGUGCUUAAUCCCUUCCCAUCCUUAUCUUAUCUCACCCUUUUUUUUUUUUUUUUUCCUUUUGGCUAUUAAUUGUUAUUAUUGCUACUACUCAAUAUUGCUAUUUAUUUAUUGAUUACUAUUUAUUUAUUUAUUUAUUUAUUAGCUACUUUAA